GAAUUCUGCCCCGUGAUUGGCCCGACGCGUCCUGAAGUUGCCCAAUCGCGGACGAGCAGCUGCCUUAGCCUCCUUAGCUCACGGGAGGAACAUGGCGGAUCGCCUCACACAGCUGCAGGACGCGGUGAACUCGCUUGCAGAUCAGUUUUGUAAUGCCAUUGGAGUGUUGCAGCAGUGUGGCCCUCCUGCCUCUUUUAGUAAUAUUCAGACAGCAAUUAACAAAGAUCAGCCAGCUAAUCCUACAGAAGAAUAUGCCCAGCUUUUUGCGGCACUGAUUGCACGAACAGCAAAAGACAUUGAUGUUUUGAUAGAUUCAUUACCCAGUGAAGAAUCUACAGCUGCAUUACAGAUUUUAAAUUUGUGUCUUACAAAGGCUGCUAGCUUGUAUAAGCUGGAAGAAGAAAACCACGAAGCUGCUACAUGUCUGGAGGAUGUUGUUUAUCGAGGGGACAUGCUUCUGGAAAAGAUACAAAGUGCACUUGCUGAUAUUGCGCAGUCACAGCUGAAGACAAGGAGUGGUACCCAUAGCCAGUCUCUUCCAGACUCAUAGUACCAGUAUGUACCCUGUGUCUGAGAAAAGAACUAUUUCAGUGCCAUUAAGAAUUCUGCAUCAAAUUUAGAUGUAAGCCUUACCAACAGUUACAGAAACAUUAAGCACUAGGACACGUUAACUUUUUAGCUAUUUUUUAAUAGUGUUCUAUUUUCACUCUUGAUAAAUAAGCCUCUAAAAAUUGGAAUUGAACCAGCUUUAUACUAUUAAACCAUCAUUAUACUAUCAUUUUUUUAUUAUCAGAAUUAAAUUAUUGAGGCAGAUAUUGCAUUAAUGGUUAUAAUUAAACAGAUGUACUUUAAAAUUCUAUUGUGACAUUUCUAUCUUUAUUCUUAUCAAAUUUCUACAGUCUUUUUACAAAUCAAAAUAUCCCUUAAGCCAGAGGAGAGGUGGUAAGUGCAGAGAUAUGGGACAUUUCAAUUUAAACUGAUGCCCUUCUGCCUCUUCAGAGAUGACAUUAUAUACAUUUGGAGCUUGGGCCAGGAAAGUUUCUGAAGCCAUGUUUCUUUUAAGAAGCAUGUGGCUGGAUGAGAGUUUAGAUCCCUUUUAUGGAAACAUUCCUCAUUUUCCGGAACCUCAUACCCAUUCUAGUUCAUCUCCACAUGUGUUUCUACUAAGAAAUUGUCUUCUCUGUAGAAUUCCCAUGCUAUUAUGACAACACUUUUCUUCAUCGUGAACUAUCCUUUUUCGUAGCUUUUGACCUGCUUUUUCCUUCCUAAUUUGUGUGGUGAAGUAUGUUCCCUGAGUCAUCAGUUCCUUCUCUUCCUUUUUAUGUAUCUGAAGGUCCUGGUUCUGACUUGUUAACCUGUCAACCUUUAUUCCUGUGUUCUAAUCUGACAAGAACAUAAUUCUACUACAUUACUUUAUCAUUUUAUGCAUUCCACCUUACUUUGUUAUUGCUAACAUUUGUGUCAGUAUUACCAAGUAUGAUUAUGCAUCCAACUUUUGGUUCUCCUUGAACCUACUGAUUAUUUCUACUAGAAAGCUGGAGUUGAAAUGUUUCCACAUUGUAACUGGUUCUGUCUCCUGAGGCUACAUUUUUCAGAAUAUCCUGAGCUCCAUUUCCUACAAUCUGUUACUAUCCUGAGUUUAAGAAAGUGCAAGAACAGUAGUCUCAGAUACUGCUUGUCAUUCCCAUCAUAAUCAAGCUCUUCCACAGUUCUUGAAAAAUACUGCUUAGAGGCACAUUUUAACUCUAAAGUAAAAUUUAUAGAGUCAUUAAUUUUUAAAGUUAAAUGUUCUCCAUACUGAUAAAUAUUUAAAAUGUUAGGUUUAUUCUCUCUGGCAUCACUUAAAAUCAUUUUACUUUUAGACACUAGCAUGAGAUAGAAGAUAAGGAACUCCCAAAGUAAUAUUCAAAGUACUGAACGCUAUUCAAUACAAUUAACCCAGAGAGAGAAGUAUGAAAAGUUCUAGCCGUAAGCUGAUAGACUAUUAUUUAUCCUUACCUGAGAGAAAUUUUUUUUUUAAAUUACCUGUUUUUACCAUUUAAGGUGUUAUAGAAAAAUGGCAAUGCACAUAUUGAACUAUUUAUAAAGAAUGUAUGGAAUAAUUCAUAAAGACUGUAUAUAGCA